UUUGAAGGCCGCUUACAACAAAAUUUACAUUGACAACAAAAAUGUCGGACACAGGAGCAGAUCCACCGAAAAGGAGCAAAAAACUUCCACCAAUUUCAUCUGAGGAUGGAGAUGAACCAAAGAAACCUGUCAAAAAGAAAAAGAAGAAAGUUCCAAGCGUUGAAACAAAUGGCACAACCUCUCCGAGAUCCGAUGAAACACCAACAAAGAAAAAGGUGGUGAAAAAGAAAGAGGGUGAAACAGCAGAUAAACCAACACCAAAGAAACGUAAGAAACCGGCAACUACGGAGGAAAGCGAAGCAGACCCCACUUCUGCUCGAAGUGCAGCAAGUAAAGACGAGGAUGUUACUGGAAGCAAAGCAAGUCUGAUAUCAAAGGAAACAAAAGGAAGUGGCACACCAAAGAAGAAAGUCAGAAAGAAGAAGAAGCCAGCUUCCACCACAGGCACACCCAGAGAGGAAGAUGAAUGGGGAGACACACUUACAGCUGAAUUGCAAACUAUACAUGAAGAUGUUGUGAGUCCCAAGAGUAAAAAAGAACAGGACGAGGUCCUUUUACAUCCCUUUGCAACAGAGGCAGCAGUUUUGAAAAGUCAGCCACUGGAGAAACUUUUCAUAGAGACAGACAGUGGAUUUAAAGGAGAAAACAAAGUGAAAUUUGCCAAGAAAUGGGCAGAAGAGGAAGCUAUCCGGGAACUAGAACCUGAUCAGCCCGUUGAGUCCACCAUACUGUUUGCGAUAGGAACACACAAAGUUUUUGUGACAUUCUGUUUGUUUUUACAUGGACUUACAGCAGGCAUUGCUAUGUGGCACCUGACAAUGACCUACAUAUUGUUAUAUUUCUCAUACAUUGACUUUUUGGAGCACUAUAGAAUUUUAGCUCUUCCAGUACAGUGCAUGUUUUAUAUUCUUCUGGUGUUGUGUACAGUUUCAGCCUGUGACAGAUUUGAUAUUGGACGUCCCACACGUAGAUUUGUCCUCCAAUCUUUUACGUUACAGACAGGAACAGUGUCUAUAAUCAUCUACUUUAUAGCUUUAAUUCUCAGUCUGUGUAUGGCUAAUCUAGAGGAUAAAAUGAAUCUGUAUGACAAAUAUCCUCAGCUCUGGGUAGAUGCAAAUACAAAUCGUACACUGUCAUCAGCUGGUGAUGAUAUAUCAACCUGGAGGGACAUUAACACAGCCCGCUGUUGCAUGGCAAUAUUAGCCUGGAUCGUUCUGUCUAUAACAGCUUCCACAGACAGACUAACAGACAAUCUCAGGGCUGGAGAUGAUGAAUUUCUCGAAGAUGUAGAACUGGGAACUCAACAGAAAGUGUGAUUCGAGUGUCUUUAUCUAUUGUUUUUGUAAACUACGUGCUCAGUGCUUCUUUUUCCAAUACAGAUCUGAAAUAAUUGUUUUACUAUAUAAUUUUUGUUUAUAUAUUGUGUAUUUGAGGAGAGAUUAGGAUCAUAGCAUUAUAAGAUAGUUCCUAUUCCAGACACAUGGGUAUGAGGAUGAUUAGAAUAUGAUUUAAAUCAAAAAUUUAAAAUAUGAAACAAUUAGGCCAUCUUUAAACAGUUGUUUGUUUGCCCUCUCCCGACCGACCCACUAAAAAUGGCCCAACUCAAAACUUUUUAAACCUCCAGGAAACAAUUUUUUAAAUUCAUUUUGAAGUUUUCACAUCCCUUUAUUAACUGUUUUGCCUUCAUAUUGGAGUAAAAAAAAAUCCCUACCUACCUACCCAAUUUUUUUUUUACCCUGAGUAGAGAGAGGGCAAGCAAACUUUUUUUAAAGAUGGCGUUAUGGAAAUUUAAAUGUGUAAAUGAGAGAUAAACUAAGGAAAAAUGAAAAAUUUCUGUUGUGUUAUUGGAAUUGUUCAUUGUGUGUAUAGAUAUUAUGUUGCUACUUACAUGAUCAAAGAUAUUGUUUAAAUGACCUCUUUUUUUAUUUAUUUACAUUUUUUGGUUGAAAAAGAGAGGUUGUGGUAUAUGUAUAGACUUUUAUUUCUAUAUAUUUAGUCCAGUUCUUUAUGAUUAGUGUUAUAAUUUAGGGAUUUUUUUUUAAACUGCAUAGGUUGUAUCUAAGAGUAUGUCAUUUUCCUCUGCUUAUCAGGAGUGAAGCUAAAUAUGUACUAGUUUUAUAAUUAUUUUUCAUUUUCAUUAACAAUUUAGUUUCAGACUAGAAUAAUUGAUGUUAUAUUCAAUGCAUAAGAAGAUGAUUUUUAUACAAAUCUUAAUUUAUACUAGUAAAAUGUU